AGGGUAACAGUUCUGCCGCGGCCUCUCGAAGUGGAGGAUCGUUUCGUGCUGUGCUGCGGAAUAAUCCAAAAUAAACGCGUGUCAUCCUCAAGCAAUGUCUCGAUAGUCGCUCUCACAUGAUCUUAACAAUAAAUACAAUAAAUGCGUGUAACAUAAGUAGAGUAUCGAGUGAAAAAUACAAAUGAAGAUCAUCAACAAUAAAAAAUCCGACGAUGUACAUUCGAUAGAAGUCAUUUGGUGAUUAUCAAGAAUAAUCAAAGCGUCGACCAAGCUCGUGAACCAAAUGUGACAUUACGCGACGGGUACCUUCCUUUAUAUUUAGUUGCCGUCGAUUUUCUAAUUUACCAUAAACCACAAAAUUCAAUAACAGCCGUCAAGAUUUUUGCCGCGUUUACCCGUUACAUUUCGUCUGAAUUUAUUUAACGAUUUGCACGGUGCUUCGAAUGGGAUAUGAAACGGUGACGCAAUGAUCCUUUGUGACUAGGAAAAGCGGUAACGUACCGUGUGCAUUAUACUAUACUUGUUAUGAAUAAACAGUGAUAUCGAUAGUGGCCUGAUAAGAAAUAGUUAAACAUUGGCAGAAGAUAAGUCCAGUACAGAAAAUUGCCCUGGACGUUUGAGCAUUCGAUCAGCAGCAUUUAACCAGGGCUUGGAGAACAGUGGAUUUUCGUUAAAGAUAAAAGAAAAAGAAAAAGCAAAAAUUUUUGCUCCAUCGCUCAGAAGGAGGAAGCCCGAGUCUUUCCUGUUCACAGGGAAUUUUUCUUUUUCCUUCUCCUUCAUUUCUAUCUCUCAUUCUUUUUUCUCACGGAUUUUACCUGCCACCAGAAUUCCUUUGUUCCAUCGAAAGACCUAGUGCAGCCGAGUUUCAUACCUGGCGAACCGGACGACGCACUUUAAACCGGUGAAUGUCCGUCUGCUCGCAUUGCUCGAGAGGGCAACAACCACGCCAUAAGAAAAUUCAAGGCCAAAUUGUCUAGAGCCGUGACCAGUCUGCUUCGUGCGUGAAUAAAUCAGUACGAGCCGAGAGCAUCCUGCGUUUCUUCGCGUGGAUAAAGAACGAAAAGUCUGAGGACGGAAAAUGAAGUAAAAGGGAGAAAUUGCCCAAACGGUCUAAAGAAAUCGGUCCGAGCGUCAAUUUGGCUAUCGGUGAAUUCCCGUGCAGCUUUGUCGUUGUCGAAGACGAUUUGCUCCUACCUGGAUAUUCUUGUUGAAUGUGUUGCGAAGGGUCGAGAAAAAUGCCUCGAAAAUUACCGGAUGUGAUGGUGCUUGUGAAGGCAGCUGUUCUGGCAGCUGCUCUCUGCCAGCUUGGAGUCCUGGCGAAUAGACCGGCAGGAGCUCAUGCAGGACACGCUUACUUCGAACAGCCCUGCUGCGGACGUUCUCAUCUGCGUCAUCAUAAAGAGCACGUACGAGAAUUCAGCUGCGGGAUGCUGUACUACAGGACACUGUACCUGGACAGUAAAAGGGAUGUUCUGUACGUUGGAGCGAUGGACAAAGUCUUCAGGCUGAAUCUGAGCAACAUCAGUCAUUCAAAUUGCGAGAGAGACGCUUUGAAUCUUGAACCAAGCGACGUGGCUCAUUGUGUAUCCAAAGGAAAAUCCGAGCACUUCGAUUGCCGGAAUCACAUACGAGUAAUACAACCCAUUGGGGACGGCAAUAGACUCUACAUGUGCGGCACCAACGCCCACUCCCCGAAGGACUGGGUCGUCUACAGCAACCUAACUCAUCUCUCGAGACACGAAUUCGUACCCGGCGUUGGUACUGGGAUAGCGAAGUGUCCUUACGAUCCUGCAGAUAAUUCGACGGCUGUCUGGGUAGAGAAGGGUAAUCCAGGUGAUCUGCCUGCUCUUUAUUCUGGUACUAAUGCCGAGUUCACUAAGGCCGAUACCGUCAUCUUUCGCACGGAUUUGUACAAUUUAACUUCGGGACGAAAGGUUUUCCACUUCAAGAGGACAUUGAAGUACGAUUCGAAGUGGUUGGACAAACCCAACUUUGUCGGAUCUUUCGACAUAGGAAGUCACGUGUUCUUUUUCUUCCGUGAGACUGCCGUUGAAUAUAUAAACUGCGGCAAGAGCGUCUACUCGCGCGUGGCACGUGUCUGCAAACGGGACACGGGUGGUAAAAACAUUUUGUCCCAAAAUUGGGCAACGUACCUAAAAGCCAGGCUGAAUUGUUCGAUACCAGGAGAAUUUCCGUUUUACUUCAAUGAGAUACAAAGUAUCUACAAGGUGCCUGGCGACAACACGCACUUUUAUGGGACUUUUACAACUUCCACGAACGGUCUCAUGGGAUCUGCUAUAUGUUCCUUUCACAUCGACGCCAUUCAGGAAGCCUUCAGAGGGAAGUUCAAGGAACAAGCCUCCAGCAACAGCGCCUGGCUUCCGGUUACGCUUACCAGAGUCCCAAAUCCGCGACCUGGACAGUGCGUCAACGAUACCGAAACACUUCCGGAUACUGUACUGAACUUCAUAAGGUCCCAUCCGCUAAUGGACUCGGCCAUUUCGCAUGAGAACGAAAAGCCCGUUUUUUUCAAAAGGGACGUCAUGCUUACGCGACUUGUCGUUGACUUACUUCGAAUCGACUUUGUGGGCAUGGACACGGACUAUACCGUCUACUAUGCCGGUUCCAGCGACGGAAGAGUCCACAAAGUUGUUCAAUGGCUGGACAGCAAUGGCGAAUCCCAAUCCAUACUACUGGAUGUCUUUGACGUGACUCCUGGUGAACCAAUUCAAGCUAUGGAAAUCUCCAGGGAACACAAGGCUCUAUACGUAGCAUCGGAUCACCGAAUCAAACAGAUUGACCUAGUCAUGUGCUCUCGUAGAUAUGACAACUGUCUUAGAUGCGUUCACGAUCCUUACUGUGGCUGGGACAAGGAUACCAACACUUGCAAACCAUAUACCCCAGGACUUCUACAGGACGUCUCAAAUAGCACAGCGGAUGUCUGUGACAGCAGCGUUGGCAAGCGAAAGCUGGUCGUGACCUGGGGUCAGUCUGUGCACUUGGGUUGUUUCGUGAAGAUGCCGGAAGUCCUCGCGAACCAGGAGGUCAGAUGGUAUCAUUACAGUAAGGAGAAGGGUCGCUAUCAAAUCGUGUACAAGUACGGCGCUGGGGGAGACAAGUUCAUCGAGACCUCAGAAAAGGGACUCGUGAUCGUCGGUGUCAAUGAACAGGAUGCUGGAAGAUACGACUGUUGGCUUGGCGGCGCCUUACUCUGUUCCUACAAUAUAACAGUGGACGCGCAUAGAUGUUCCGCGCCGGCAAAGUCCAACGACUACCAGAAAAUCUAUUCGGACUGGUGUCACGAGUUCGAGAAGUACAAAUCAGCAAUGAAGAGUUGGGAGCGCAAGCAAGCGGUGAGUUUGAUUGCAAUGUGCGUCCCGACAAAACGACAGUAAUCAGAAUCUUCAUACCAAUGAAGUAUACGGCACGCCUUUGGUGUGAUGGAACCGUGACCUAGACCUGUCAUCAUCCAGCCGAGAUUAUGAUACUACUAUUCACAUUAGCGUUCUGCCGAGAAACCGUGGUCCAAGUACGAAUUCCCGUAUGACGCUGACCGUUCUGCUGGCAGGUAACUACGUUUGGCAUCGAUACCACGACUGGACUUUUGCUAAAUAAAAGAUUAGGUAGUUGUAAGAAUUUGGAAAGGAAAAAAACGAAUGUUUGUAAAGAAGAGCUAAAGGAACGUCGGUGAACGGGAAGGGAAAUGUAAUUUAAAAAUAUUUCAAGAAAAUGCAAAAAAAAAAACCAACGAAAAAUAAUUACGCGAUUUAUGAAAAAUGAACUGUAGUAUAAUUGGUUUAUAAAAACGGUGCUCGAAUGGCGUUCCUCUUAUAGGUACGCAAUAAUGAUCUGAUCGAUCAGAAUCGUCAUUGGGUCAGGAAAAAGAGACUCCGAUAAAAUAUCGGAUCCCGUGACUAGCGAGGUCCUUUAUUAUCUUUUUUCUCCCUUUCUUUUUUUUAAUAAUCGUCUACUGUAUAUAAUGACUGUACUUAUAAGAGGGGAAAUAGGAUGAAAAAAAUGAAAGGGCAAAAGUUCAUUCAAGGAGACGCCGGACAGAGUGCCGUUUGACGCCAAAGCUGGAGAAAUAAAAAAAUGUCCCCGACGAUGGCGACCAGUGAAUUCCAUAGAAUCCAUCAGUUCGGAUUUGUCUGUGUGGUUAAAAAAUGAAAAAAAAAUCCUGAUCAAAGGGUUAGUCCUGGAAGGAUUUUUUCUUUUACAGACUUUACCGCCACACUAAUGUCGAAUCCACAGACGAGUCAGAAUUAUCUCGUGCCUAGGUACGUACAAGCAUUAUCUGCUAUUACGACUAGCAGACUUUUCGGAUUUGAAAAAUUUUUUUUUGGAAAAUCAGGUUAUCAGCCAUCGUCACGGUAGACGACCAAUCAUCCGCGAACAAAGAAAAAAGUGCGGAAAGCUAUGUAUGUAAAAUACGUAUUUUCUGUUUUCUUAGACCUGUGAUAUAUAUAGGCGUCGUGGUAUAAACGGACCGCAUUGAUACGACUUUUUGAUACGACUUCUUGGAUUCGCCGAAGCGUCGUUUCCCUCGAUUAAGAUGAUGAUUGUGUAAAGAGGAUUAAUUAAAAAAAAAAAAAAUUGAGGGAAAACCCAAAGUCGAAUUUUUCGGUCCAUUCUUGGUUACGGCAGAAAACAAUCAUGAGUGUGUAAUUAAUCUUGGACGUAGGCGCGCGUUAUGCAUUGCGUAAAUAGGAUUUAAGCUGCCACAGAUCGAUGUUGGGACAAAGAGGGGAGGAGGGGAUAUGAGUAAAUAAGACACUUUUAUUAAUUGCGAUAUUAAAUUUAUCGAGUCCAAAUCGGAAUUAAUUGAUAACGUCAACGCAUCCCGCAUCCCUUAAUAUAUAUAUAUAUAUGCGACUUUCACGCAGGUUACACAUGAGAUUAUCGGCUUCUUCGUGUCAACGUUAUUACACGCCGCGACUUUUCAAAGGUUUUUUUUUUACUUUUCAACAACAACCUAAUGGUAAUUUUUUAUUUUUCUUUAUUAACAAGACCUGUGAGCAUUUUUGCCUAUGGGUGUUUGCAUUUAAUGUUCUUAGUCUAAGGCGUUUUAGUAUUACUUAAAAAUUUUUUUAUACUACAAAAUCGAGGCUUGCACUUACGUCACGUAGAUUAUUUUACUUAAAAAGCCAUUUUUUUAAUAUCGACUAGUACUAUGCUAUUGUCGUUUUAUUAUUUUAUUUAUAUACCAUCGUACCACGCGCGUUCGACGUUCCAUUACCGAUAGAAAUGAAAUCAACGGUAUUUUGAAUAUGUUUGCGAGUUUUCGUGAAAAAUGUAAAAAAAAUUACGUAAUAAACAAAUUCUACCAUGAACGGUGAAUACACGGCAUCUGAAUUCAUAUUAUCGAAGAGAUACCGAAAAUUUAAUAAAGGAACUUAUGAAUAUAUAUAUAUAUAUAUAUUUACAGUCAAAUUUAUAAAUACUUUCAUCCACGGGUGGCAAAUGGAAAUUCAGAUGGAAAUAUAAACACUUUUUUUACACGGUAUAGAAAUGAAUCUAUACUUUGAAAAUGUACACGUGGAACGGCUAAGAGUUUGUCGCACGCGCGUGCGUACUUCAUUGUACAUAAAUGCGAAAUUCACUCAUGUAAACUUAGCGAUUAACUUUUUAAUAAUUAAUAAAAACGAUAAACGUUUUGCUUAUUAAUUUCUGAUUCAAACGGAUUAGCCGCGUCCGAAAUUACUAAGUGAACCGCGAUUUCGUGGACUCAAACGCAGACACACACGUACACUAAGGGUAGUCGCGAAUUUAUUUCAAAAUUCAUAAGCUUAACCCCCACCACAUCGCCAAGUCAUCCCCCCACCCUAUUAAUUUUACAUAAUUCCAGGUAAAAAGUAUUAAAAAAAAAGUAAUUAAAAAAAAACUCAAAAUUCAUUAGCUAAUACUGUCAUACCAUUUUUUUUGGGAUUUUUCAUGGUCAACAAAAAUAUGGAAAAAUUUAUAUAUUUCAGGAAUUCUUACGUAAAAUCGACGACAACCCCUUGUCCAUAGAAAUACUUAAUCAUAAAAUAUUAGGGAGGUCAUGACACCUUUCCGUGUACGGAUUUAUGUUCCAAAAAAAGAAAAAAAAACGUGAUAGUUCGUUCUUGCCCUUUAGUUUGUAAAUAAAAUUUUUCAAAAAUACCCGAAACUGCGCAUGAUUUUACAUACGCAGUUUUGCGGUUACUUCGUACACGUUCUUUUUUUUUUUAAUUUUAUUUUGCAACGAGUAAAAAUUUUUCUUCAACGUCGGGCGAGUUCCAACCCACCAAACCCGUGUGUUUCUCGGGCGAUUGAGGGUAUAUAUACAUACUAUAAAUACUAUAAAUACAUAUAUCUCUUAGUUAUGUACAAAGACGUUCUCAAGGAUUGCCAUGAGUGCAGGUCGGAUAUGAAAAAAAAGAGACUUGAACCGGAGACGAUUAUAAUUUUGUACCCUUGUCAUCGGUAGGCGUGAAAAGCAUGAUCGAAGCUUAAAAAAAAAGUGGAAAGAAAGAAUAAUAAUUGAAAAUGGUAAAGUUCUUAGACGAUUAAUAAACCUAUAUAGUAAGCGAGGUAAUACAAUAAAAAAAAAAUGAUAAUAUUAAUCUUUGAGUAUGUACUUAUUAUGAGCUUCAACAAGUAUUGAAUAGUAUUAAUGAGGUAAGAUUCGUAACGAUGAACAUUUUCGAAUUAAGGACAAACUAAGCAUGUAAGAGGAUGGGCCAGCCAAGUAAGUUGCUAUUUUAGUGUAAUAGGUGGCGCACUCGAAUCUCGUCUAUAUCACAAAAAUGAAGCUUGACACUUCAUUAAUUUUGAAUAUAAUAAAAAAAUUACCUGUUAACCGACUGAGAUGAUUUUUUUGAAAAAUUCAAACCCUACGGGUACAUCGACCUGAACAGAGUUUUUGGUUGACUAUGAAUUAUUUGAAAAUUUUCAAUUACCCUAUCGUCAUUGCCAUCACUGCGCAUGCGCGAAUUAGUGAUAACGAAGAGAUUCGACGCGAAAACAAUCUACACUGAGAAAAAGUAUCUACCUUAUACUAUUUGAAAAAAAUCCCGCCAGCAUUUACAAAAAUACCUAAAUAUUCGAUGUGAAGGCAUUUAAAUGAAAAACAGUGGAUACGUAAAGAAUAGUAAUCAAUCUAUAAUACGAACUAGAAAUGAAAUCUACGAGGAAGUAAACGGGAGGAAAAAAAAAUAAGCAAACAUAAUAUUGCAAUAUAAAAAUGAAAAAUAGUAAGGUACAUGAUCUUUGGCUAAGGAGCUCCACGCGCAGUCGCGGUUAAGUAAAAAUCGAAAAGAAAGCGCUGAUUUUUUUCGGAUAUGAUGAAAAAAAAAAAUUCAAAAAUAGAUACAGAAGCAAAUUCCUAACAUGCAUUAACGGCGAAUGUGUGUUGCAGCUCUUACAGGAAGUCGGCGUGAUUACGGAAAGCAAUCUAAGAUGAACCUAAAGUUGUUAGACAUAUUAUUUAUAAGAUCACUAAAUAUUGUAUGUUACGUCAUCGCGAUUGACGCACCGGGAAAAUUAGCGUCGAGCGAAAGAAUGAAAAAAAAAAUAGAAAAAUUAAUGUAGACAAACCAUCCCUCCUCACGAUACGUCUAUAAUCGUAACGCAAUUCGCAGCACAGGCCGCGCGACGGCAAAAAAAAUGAUUUAGUAUCAAAGAAUUCUCGUUACUCGUCCUUUUCUACGAUUGUCCGCUACGCGGCGCUGUAGUCGCUGCACUUGCGGGUAACACGAUUAAUCGCGUAAUAUCUACACCACAGCACACGUCCUACAAUUUUUUACUGUUUUUUUUUAUAAAUAUUCUUUUUUUCGCGAAAAAAUGAAUACGCGUAAAAAAUACUAGAAAUUCCAAAUGCAAAAGUAUUUAACGAUUAUGCGUAAACAAGUGCGUGAUGCAUGUGCGUGUAGUUAGUCUUGAUUGGCAAUCUUCCCGUGACGUCAAUCGCCAAGCAGAUUAGGCUAGCUCGGUUUCGUGUAAUAAUGCGGUAUGAUCAACUUGGUAUAUGGUAGUUAUUCCCGUAAUGCCCUAAGGAUUAAAUAUGAUGACUUAUUAUUACGAUAAAGAGAUUAGCUGAUAAUGACUUAUUGGAAUAUCAUUAGAACUAGCCAACGACUGUCUUAGGUUCCAUUUUAAUAAUUACGUACUUCGUUAUGUAAGAAUCCCCUAUUAUUAUUUUCCUACGAUUUAUAUUUUUUUUUACCCCUAAGGACUAUCCUUUUUUUCGAUCUAUUUCCAUCUGUAUAUCCCUUCUAGCUAAUCCUCGUCCCUCACUAUCCCCACCACUUAUACAUUUUGUACUUUUCCAAAAAUCCAACUUACAUACCCCCACAAGCACUUUCUAAUACACGCAUGUGACGUCACGAACAAAUGAAUGAUUCACGUCACCGACCUAAUCGCUGCGACUGAUUCGCGUAUUAAUUCAGUAUUUCAAAAAAAAAUUUUGGGUUACAUAAGUCACAUGGGGAGUCUGAGAUUUUACGAGUCUGAUAAUAAUCGAUUUCAUACACCCCAAUUGUUUCCAACAUUUCUGCCUCUGCUUUGUGUCAGUACCAGCGGCUAUUAUUGAUUUAUUCCACGUCAGAAACAAUUUUUUUGUUUAAUCUAUCAGACGCACCCUAAAAAAGGGUCGUGUAACGAAACUCAAAUUUUCGGAAAAAUUGAUUAACUUGGUAUUAUCGGCAAAACAGAAAAUUGUCAGAAAAAUUCACGAGCGCGUAUCAGUUUGCGAAGAAAAAAAGUGGACUGGUCGUUCGCGAAUAAAAUUGCAAAAUCAAAGAAAGACUCAACGUUCCGUACUAACUGUAUUCGAUUCAUGCUUCUUAUAUGUACUAUAUAUUUCAAUAUAUUUUCUACUACGUUUUUUGCAAUUUUUGUCAUAAAAUCAUACAUUUCGCGACGCAUCCCCUCCUCAUCACCAUUAUUUACAUUGAUAAGACACGUGUAUACAUACCACACACCCACACAUACACUCUCCCAACUAAUCUCAUAAAAAUUCAUUUUCGCGAGCAUUUCGUACGAUUAAGAUACCCCAUUUAGAUAUUCACCUACUACCUAAACCUAAACAUCCAAUCGCUAUUUUUAUCAAAAAAAAAAAGAAAAACAUGUUAAAAAUCUUUAAUAGUUAUCCAUUGUUCACUAUUGCUAUAAUAAAGUUUUGCUUUAAUAAAUGA